AUGGCGCCCUUUCGGGUGAAGCAUGUCUGGGACAUGGUGGAGCUGCGCGGGUUGGCAAAGAGGCUGCCAAAGCCAGAGUGCAUGAGCUUUUACGAUCCAGACGUGGUCAAGCGGCACGUGCCCGGAUUGGAGAAGGUUCUGGAGAAGGCGCAGGCAUUCAAGAAGCACUAUGAGAAUGGCAGGACUGAGACCUUCUUCGUGUAUGAUACGGAAGAGGGCAAAGUGUAUGUGAGGGGGAUUUGGGAGGCUAGAUUCAUGCACUUCCACCACCACAUGCCCCGUGUUGCAGAGGAUAACACCUGCAACUAUGAAGACUCUCACACGGCCCGCUUGGAGAGCGCACCCGUGCGCAACAGGGGCAGGAAGAGGAAGAAUUCGGUGGUCAUCUCGGACUCAGAGUCAGAGUAUGAGGAUGCGGUGGAGUUCAUGGCGAGGUGUAGCAGGUGCAGCUCCCUGACAGAAGAGAAAACCAUGGGGGUUCACGGGGAUGUCAAGUUUUGCAAGGACUGCGUCUUGAUCUGCGACCUGUGUCUGGAGAGCGAGCCUCUUCUGACCAACAUGAGCGACCAGUGCGGCCAUGCUCUGUGCGUCGAAUGUGGGCAUGGUCUCGCCAAGGGCAUGCAGGAGGUGGGGCAGAUUCCAGUCUGCCCUCUGUGCCACCUCGUAGUCCAGGACCGCAGCCUCCUGCCUCAGUUGGAGUGGAGCGUCCUGAAGGAUCUGUGUGGCAAGGAUGAGGCCUUGCUCGUGAACAUCGACCGUAUCAUGUGGCGUCAGACGGCUGCAGCCGUGGGAGGGCGACCCUGUGAGUGCGGUGCGGUCGUCACCGGAGACAUCACUGAGGACGACGAGUGCCCCAACUGCGGUGAGCUGCUGCUGGAAACGAUGGAGCGGCGCGAGAUGGUGGAGCACGACGCGGCCUUCCAGGAGGGUGCUAAGGCGGCCGGCGUCAGGUUCAUCAGGUGCCCGUGUGGUUAUGCGAUCGAGAAGAACGGGGGCUGUAAUCAUAUUACUUGUACCAGGUGCAACACAGACCUCUGCUACCAGUGUUCCAAAGUUAUCAAACACGAUGAGGUGUCAGAUCACUACAAGUCGGGCAUGCCGUGCAGGCAGUUUGCCACCGCUGCCGCCUGGGACGAGGACGAGGACGAGGAUUAG